ACUGUACAAAUGUACAUCGCUCCGCUCGGAUGAACAGGCUACGUCCCAAAUUUUUUCCAAAUUAAACUAAAAAUCAUGUCUUUCAAGCAAGAUUUGCGUCAAUUACUAAAGCCCUAUUACUGGGUCAACAUAUUACUAAGCAUUUCAUACGUUACGGCUAAAAGGACGGGUGUGAUUUGCAAUUUUCUGUUCCCUGAUGUAGAUUGCGAGUUAGACAGUCGAGAAACGGAAAUUCUAUUUUUCCUAAUUAUCGUAGUGAUGUUGCGGACGAGGAAGGCGGGGAGUGUGACGAUGGUUAACUAUUUGUCGUCUUCGUUCGUGUAUACGAAGAUCGCUAACCUAAUUUUGUGGUUGUAUGCGGAUGUCAGAUAUGGCCUACCAUUCGGCGCUCUGCUCAUCCUGACUGCCCUCCUCCUCCCCGAGCCCACCUACACGGGCCCGGAGCACAUCAUCUACUUCCGCGGCGUGGGCACGCUGGACGAGGAGCUCCGCCACAAGGGCACCACGUGGCUGGUGUGUCUGUACGCGGCGUGGCACCCGGCCUGCGUCAACUUUGCUCCGGUAUUCGCUGAGUUGUCGGCGAGCUACAGUUUGGACAAUUUGAAGUUCGGAAAGAUGGAUAUUGGCAGAUACCCCGAGGCGGCAGCGAAGUACCGCAUCCAAGACGGCCCGACUAGUCGUCAGCUCCCGACUGUGCUGCUGUUCAACGACGGGGCGGAGUCGCUGCGCCGCCCGCACCCGGACACCCAGGGCAAGCUACAAAAAUUCCUGUUCUCCAAAGACAACGUGAAGGCCGCCUUCGACUUGGACGCGCUGUACCAGCAGUGCAAAGACAAGCUCGCCAAACCAAAAGACAAGACUAAAGACAAGAAGACACAAUAGGCAGACUAUUAGAAUUGUGUGUUAAGGCUCGAAACCGGUUUGUAAAAUACCGGUUUUCCUCCGAACUUGUUUAAGAACGCGAACGUUUUAAGAACAUUAUUGUAACCUAAAUACCGGUUUAUUCGACGAGCGACGAUACGGCCGGCCGGUCUGAUGGUGUGCCAUGUAAACCACACCGACAUAGGAAUAAACCGGUUUUUACUGCUCUAAACCGGUUAAUUUGACAAGAACUGUUCUCAUAAAUACCGGUUUAUCAAGAGAAAUCGAAAUUAAAAGGUUUUGCGCCUAGUACAUGAUAAGACAACAGUAUGAAAAUUUAACCGGUUCCCGAGCCUUUGUAUCUCUAGCUUCCUUUUUGUCCGCUGUUAUCUAUAGGGAAUGUAACGUAAAACUACGUAGAGGGCGCCACUAGCACAAACAGUAAACAAACCGCCUUGAUGCAAUAAUGUCAUAUUUAUUCGUGACAAAUAAUCAGUGAAAACUUGUCAAAUCCAGGACAAGUGCGAGUCGGACUCGCCCACCGUGGGUUCCGUACUUUUUAGUAUUUGUUGUUAUAGCGGCAACAGAAAUACAUCAUCUGUGAAAAUUUGAACUGUCUAGCUAUCACGGUUCAUGAUAUACAGCCUGGUGACAGACGGACAGCGGAGUCUUAGUAAAUAGGGUCCCGUUUUACCCUUUGGGUACCGAACCCUAAAAAUUGUUUACGGCAUAGUAUAUUAAGCCAGACCAAGCUAAGUUGGCAGCGAUUUUGAUAGCCCAGGCUGUGCAAGUGUUAGGUAAACGUCAUAAUUUCAUAGAUGUUUGACGUUUAAAAUAACACUUGCACUGUGCGGGAUAUCAAAAUCGCUUCCAACGUGGUCUGACUCUGUAAGUUACUCUAUGGGUUAUAAGUAACGGUUUGUGCUAGUGCUGCACUCUGGCGGCAGAACAUUGCAGUAAUACUUCCUUUAGACCAUAGUGAAAUAUAAAUAAAGAGUGUAACUCCAUACAUUGGGUUUCAUAUCAAAACGUGAGUUAUCUCGUUCGACGACCGGUUCGGCCUAGUGGGUAGUGACCCUGCCUAUGAAGCCGAUGGUCCCGAGUUCAAAUCCUGGUAAGGGCAUGCUUUCGUGUGAUGAUCACGGAUAUUUGUUCCUGGGUCAUGGGUGUUUUCUAUGUAUUUAUUAAGUAUUUAUAAAAUAUUUAUAUAUAAUGUAUCGUUGUCUAAGUACCCUCAACACAAGCCUUAUCGAGCUUACUGUGGGACUUAGUCAAUUUGUGUAAUAGUGUCCUAUAAUAUUGAUUUAUUUAUUAUUUGUUUAUUUAUAUUUAUUUUUCGUCUGUCUUGCGACAUCUGGUGUCAAGUAGCGGUACUGAUAAAUCCACUACUUGACGCUAGAUGUCGACUGCGAAAUAACUCGCGUUUUGGUAAGAAAACUGAUGUAUGGAGUUACCACUGUUACUUUAUUUAUAUUUAUCUAUGCUAUAGACAGAAGACAGUCAGAUAGUGAGUUUGUGCGGCCACGUCCGAAAAUAUCGAUACGGACAAAGUGCCAAAAACAUGUAUACACUAACUUAAUGUAUGGAAAAUAGUGUAGCCAAAAAUAGGUGGUGUAUACAUAUUUUUGGCACUUUUUCGUAUAGAUGUUUUCAGACGUGACUGUAUACUUUGACUCGUGACUUUUUUGUCCAGUGAUGUCUAUAGUCUUACCUGAAAUGUCUGAAAUUUCACGGGAAUUCUUUCCUGCAGCUUGUUAUGAAAAAGUCCGUUAAAAAUAUGAAAGUUUAAUUUUAAGUGCCAUUUUUAGGGUUCCGUGGUCAAUUAGGAACCCUUAUAGUUUCGCCAUGUCCGUCUGUCAGUCUGUCUGUCUGUCCGAGGCUUUGCUCCGUGGUCGUUAGUGCUAGAAAGCUGAAAUUUGGUAUGGAUAUAUAAAAUCUAAAAAUUUAAUUUUUUUUAGGGUACCUCCCCUACACGUAAAUUGGGGGUGAUUUUUUUUUGCUUCAACCCUACAGUGUGGGGUAUCGUUGGAAAGGUCUUUCAAAACUAAUAGGGGUCUUCAACAAACAUUUUUUGAUAAAGUGAAUAUAUUCGGAGAUAAUCGCUCCGAAAGAAAAAAGAAUUGUGUCCCCCCCCCUCUCUAACUUUUGGUCCAAAAAAUAUGAAAAAAAUCGCGGAAGUAGAGCUUCAGAAAUACAUUAAAUGAAAAGUAUAGCGGACAUGAUCAGUUUAGCUGUUUUUGAGUUAUCGCAAAAAGUUUCCGCUUCAUAGUAAAAAGACUUACUUUAAUUAGGUACUGAUUAUGCAAAUUUGCCUAUGUGAAAGGUACCGUUUCAUCCCUUAGUUAACAAUUUACUAUACUUUAAGCUCCAGUUUAGCUUAUUAUGACGGAAGAGUAACUACGGAACCCUACACUGAGCGUGGCCCGACAUGCUCUGGGCCGGUUUUUAUAUAUUACACCAGCUAGUGCAAUCUUUAUUUAUUUUACUUAUGUAUAAUGUAGAGUAAUGUAGUAGUAUUUCUAAGUGAAAAAAAUGCGUUUUUGUGUUGUUGACUGCAAUAGGGGAUAUUACGCAAAACUACUUGUAGGGGGCGCCUCUAGAACAUACUGAGGGCCUAUCUCAAACAAAAAUUAGUUUCGUUAUAUGCCUGUCUAUCACUCUUGCAUAUUCAAGCCAUAAAGAGACACAUAACGAAAUUUCUUUCGCGUUUAACAAACCGCCUUGAUGCAUCAAUAUCAUAGUGAAGACUUCUCAAAAAACUGUUCAAGGCUUAGUAUGUAUAAGUUACUCUAUGGUUUACAAUAUGUGAUAGUGCUGCCCUCUGGCGGCAGAACAUUGCAGUAAUACUGCCUAUUAUUUGGACAAGAGUUCCAGUUUAUCUACACUUGCUUUUUAAGAUUUUUGACAAUAAAAUAGAUCUGAUUUUUCACAUUCUCUCGUCGUGUAUUCUCAAUGGAUUGUUUGUAGAGUAAGGUAGAAGUAUAAUGACAUUUUUAAAUUAUUAAUUCAUGCAUUUUUUAUUCGUAUAAUAUUUAUUGUAUUUGUUUGUGUCGUUUAUUUUGUAAAUAAAUCUCGUUUGCUAA